UAUUUUCUGCAAUGUUGCAAAAAAGUUACCGACUCACGGAUGGUAACCUAAGGGCAACAAGUGUCAAAAUUUCAUGUUGUCUAUAUCAUUUCCUUAAGGAUAAUACAGUGUAUGCACAAAUAGAACACAUACACCAACAAUGCUAGGCAGCAAAUUAUCUAGAUCGCAAUAUUUAUGGUCGUUCUUUGGGAACGGUCAGCCGUUCAAAAGUGUUUCAAAUUACUAUGUCUAUGAAAGAUGGAUUGUAUCACAACAGCACAUGCAAUGUGUUUCAUCAUGUUCAAAUGUUCAAAAAUGCAUCACAGAGUCCUCCAAUGAAAGCAGAAAGGGCAGAAUAUCACAUUCAAAUAAAGUAAAUUUUCAACUGAAUUAUUAUAUGAGAACAUUUGCCAAACAUCCAGCACUAAGGUCUGAAGAAAAAGGCAACAGUAGCAUUGGUGGCGCUGGGAACUCUUCCAAACCCCUGGACAAUGCAGUGACUGCAGGUGCUACAAGCACAGAUGCCAGUUCAACCACAACUUCAACCAUUUCAUCAUCAGACCCACCUUGCAACCCAGAAAACAAGUCAACAACUGCCUCACCAGACUCAAAUGUUUCCAGCCAGAAAAACAAUGAAGCAGAUGAUCAAAAUUUGACUGUGUUCCAACGAUUCAAGAAGACGUACAAAGAGCACGGGAAGGUCUUGGUUGGUGUUCAUUUGGUCACUUCCGGCAUUUGGUUUGGCUCAUUCUUCUGUGCCGCAAAACUUGGUGUAGAUGUAAUACCAUUGAUGGAAUGGUUGGGAUUCAGUGACAGGAUCAUAAAUCCAUUCCGUAACUCAAGCCUAGGCGAUGUGGCCCUUGCAUACCUUAUGUACAAACUUGCCACCCCAGCUAGAUACACCGUUACACUGGCCGGUACCAACUUUAUGAUCCCCUACUUACGAAAAGCUGGUAAAAUUCCACCGAAGAACGACUCUAAUUCUUUGAGAAAUUUGUCAAAAGAAAAGGGGAAGGAAGUUAAACAAAGGACAAAACAAAGAUUUAAAAUGACUUCAGUAAGAUUUAGAACUAACUUAGAAGCAAGUAGAGAGAAAUUUAGACUAAAAAUGAAAGAACGACGUGAAAAGUUUCGCCGUGGACAAAAAUGAAUUUAUUUUUGUGAAUGUGUUGAAGUUGCUGUAAGUCCUUUAUACAUGUACAUUUUAUAAAACGUCUAAUGUUUUAGAGCUAAGACUGUGUUAAUGUGAAUAAAAUUCUGUUCGUAAAUAAACUGAGAUUUUUAUUAACCGAAAUAAAAAGCAAUAAAG